AGCCUGAGCGCCAGUCAGCCAUGGGUCACAAGGCGGACACCACGGUGCUGUGUGAUCCAGAGACAGACACCAGGAGGAGUACUUGGAGGUGCACCGCCGCUGACAAGGACAUGAGCGGGGUGGUGGUGGUGACCGUGAUGGCCGCCAGUGUCCUGGGCAUGAUCGUCGCCCUCCCCAUGCUACAGUUUCACCUGGGAAAGUCUGAGAGGGAGACUGCCUCGUUAAGCGAGGCGAGCGACCACCGCUGGGUCGCCAAGGGUGUGCCGUACAUCGUCCAGCCUCCGGACACCAAGAACAAAAUCCGCCAGGAGAUACCCAAGGUGGUCGACGAGCAGUUACAGGAGCAAGUGAUAACGGAUUACCAGGUGGAGGUGGCGACGGCAGGUGGGGUGGAGGAGGCGGUGGCUGACCCGCUGGAGUACUCAGACGAGCUUGAGGGUCUGAUGGACACUGUGGGCAGUGACCCUGCUGACCCCGACGCUGUGGCCUUCCUCCUGCCCCUCAGAGGCCACACUGGCAACCUGGGCAUCAGCUAUGGACGUAGACUGAAGGCGUUACUGGAGGCGGCGUCCGAGGACACCAACGUGGAGAAGGAAUCUUUCACAAACAGUACCAGAAAGGGGUUCCUCCCGACCGGCGUCCUCGUCAGAGACUCCCAGAGUGAUCCAGAUGUUGCCAGGAAGUUAACGCAGCACUUCUAUGAGAUCCACGGCACGACGCGUUACUUCGGCUACCUCACGGACGAGGAGGCCCUGACGGUGGCCCACUGGGCCCGAGCCAAGGCUCCAGGAGCAAGAUUUGUGACCCCGACGGCCAUCUCCACCUACCUGGAGAGCGCCCGGAACGUGGCCAGAGUUCAGCCGUCGGCGCGGGUGUUGGCCGCGGCCUUGGGGGACCUGCUGGCCACCAUCCACACCAUACGGCCCCUGGUGGUGGCCAGGGCCUCCCUCCACACUGAUGCCUUCCUUGCUCUCCUCCACUCAGUUGGUCUCCGUCCCACGAAGGUGAUGCACUACUACGAGACGACUCGGGCCGAGGAGCUGGUUGAGCGAGUGAAGAUCCAGCUGAACUUGACUCCAUCUCCCAUCCUCCUCCUGGGUAACGCGGAGAGCUGGCACCUCAUAUUAGCCGCCGACAAAAUCUUCUCGGCAGUGUGGAUAUUGCCUUUCCAGACCCAACUGCACGACAGCAUGCGCACCAAUCAGUCUGAGCUUCUCGCCUUCAUGUAUCGUGCACAUGAUGACAAGCCGGGGAGAUUCCUGAAAGAAGAUCCGAACCUUGAACCUACUGAAUCUAUUGUACUGGCUUCAAAGUCAUUGUUAACUGGUGGACUUCGGACAUGGCGGGGAUCGUACGUAGUGACCGCAUCUGUUCCAGUAGCUUCAGUUGCGGCCAGUGUGAGGCUGAUGGGAGCUGCCGAGGGCUGGCUGCCUCUUCUGCAGUAUGACAUCACUCGUAAAGGCAUCAAGCGACGGUUGUAUCAGGAACUUAUGGUAACUCGGGAGCUGCUUAAGCCCCUGGUCUCUGGAGAUGGUUGCACUUUGGUGUUGCGGUAUAUAGAAGAACUGACUGGCUCCAAGAAAGUGAGUGAGGUUAAUGUACACUCCACAUUGCCUACUUUGCUCAUACCAGCUGAACGAGGCGCCCAGUUGCAUGUAGAUUGUGCACGCCAUCACACUGACCUCCGAUGCUUCGCUCCUAGUGGUGUAUGGGCGCCUGUUACCUGUAGAGGCGCUCUGCAGGGUGCACACAAGUUCCAGGCAGAAUGUGGGAAGGAGGUUGGCAUCACUAUUGCAGCCUCGAGGGGGUGCAAGGCUGCAAAAGGCCUGGUGUGUCGUGGCGGACAUUCUCUUGGCUGCCUGCUGUCAGGCCUCUGCUCCACAGUCACUCACUCUCCUCCUCUCUAUGACUGUGCUGGCCUUCAUAUGGACACGUUAUUCUAAGUAAAAUGCUUGGCAUUGCAAGUCAUUUAAGUUUUUGUGUAUUUAAGUUAUCAAAUAUCAUUAAUAUUAAAUUAAAAAUGGGCAAUAUUAGCUGAAAAU